AAUGGUGGUAUACUUGCUCUCUUGGGUCUUCGUUACCUAGAUGCGAAGAAGGCUGAUGCGAAGACCCAAGCUCAAAAAGCUGCCAAGGCCUUGAAAUCAGGUGCGCCAGCUUUCAAGAAGUCCAAGAAGAUACGAACUAAGGUCACAUUUCAUCGCCCCAGGACAUUGAAGAAGGAGAGGAACCCCAAAUACCCUCGCAUUAGUGCAACUCCAAGGAACAAGCUUGAUCAUUAUCAGAUUCUAAAGUAUCCUCUCACAACUGAGUUAGCGAUGAAGAAGAUUGAGGAUAACAACACUUUAGUUUUCAUUGUUGACAUUCGUGCUGAUAAGAAGAAGAUUAGGGAUGCAGUGAAGAAGAUGUAUGACAUUCAGACCAAGAAAGUGAACACUUUAAUUAGGCCAGAUGGGACAAAGAAAGCUUAUGUUAGGUUGACACCAGAUUAUGAUGCUUUGGACGUGGCAAACAAGAUCGGCAUAAUCUAAACUAGUGUCCAUUUCCAUUUGCAUGACUUUUUUUUUUGAAGCAUUUGAAGUUCAAGCUAAUAAAUCAUUCAAGAACCUUGAGCAGAGUUGAGCCAGCAAUUUCAGUUUGAUAUUCAUAAAAACGCACUGCAUUUGGUCAA